GUUUCUCGUUUCGUUUGGUUAUUACAAAAUCCCACACAUCCACUGCCUUAGAUUUUGGAAAGCUUAUUCCAAAACCUCGUGUGCUAUAUUCGAAUUCCAGAAAUUACAUUUUCUGUUGUCCCAAUUUUGAGAUCUACCAAUAAUACUAAACAAUGGUAGCUAAAGAAGAAGUAACCAUCAGUGAAGCAGAAGCAGCUCUGUACGACCGGCAGAUUAGACUUUGGGGAUUGGAAGCACAAAAACGUCUACGAGCAGCCAGAGUUCUAUUGAUAGGGUUAGGAGGCUUGGGUGCCGAGAUUGCCAAGAACUUGACUUUGUCAGGUAUUAAAUCUCUCACUCUGCUUGAUCACAGUAUUGCUGUUGCAAAUUCUGCCAAUUUCCUAAUCCCUCUAGAGAAUGUCGGGAAAAAUGUGGUUGAAGCAUCUUUGGAGAGAGUUCAACGCUUAAAUCCAAUGGUGGAUAUUUUAACUGACACAGAAAAUGUUACAGCCAAGAAUGAAGACUUCUUUAGCGGGUUUGAUGUUGUGUGUGCCACUCGACUGCCAGUAGAAGAGUCCAUCAGGAUUAAUGCUAUCUGCCGCAAACACAGCAUCCCAUUCUAUUCAGGUGAUGUGUUUGGAUUUGGUGGUUUCUUCUUUGUGGAUUUACUUGAACAUGAAUAUUCCGAAGAAGUGAAUGUUCCUGCUGCAACCUUAAAAGAUGGUUGCACGGCUAAGAAAAAUGACCCAAGUGAAACAAAAACUGUUAAACAUACUUUGAACUAUAUUCCUUUACAAGCAGCGUUUGAAGCUGAUCCAUCGUCUCAACUCAACAAGAGAAGUUGGCAGCGCAUCAAAAGCCAUUUCAUUACGAUGAAAAGUACAGAUUUAGGAUCAACUACAGUUGCUUUUGUAUCGUUAGCAUUAGCAUCGUUAUAUGUUGAUUUGACCACAGGUUUGCUGAUGUUCCGGUCUCAAAUGAAACGCGACCCAGAAGCUGCAAACCGCCAGUCAGACAUUGCGAAACUGUGCGAAAUUCGGGAUCACAUUCUGCACGAAAUGAAACUAGACAAUCAAAUGGUUGACAGUGGCAUAUUCGAAACGGUAUUUGGCGAACUUAGUCCGGCGGCUGCGGUUGUGGGCGGAGUUUUAGCUCAAGAGAUCAUCAAAGCCGUGUCCCACAAAGACGCACCAAUCCGCAAUCACUUUUUCUUCAAUGGUGCAACAGAUUUCAGCGGUGUUGUCGAAGCCAUUGGAUUUUAAAUGGGCUGUAACAAAUUUUUUUUUUUCUUUUUUACAUUUUUCAUCUUGUUCAUUCAAACUUCAUUUCUCUUUGUGCUCGACGUCUAGAUAAACUUAGUAAACAAGUG